UAACUUACUUAACUUUAGUCUAAAUUUAAAAUUUGGUUUUUAUACAAAUUUGUUUCUGUUCAAUCACUGGACUAUUGUUUGGCCCAAGACUUCGACAUCAAUGAUGCAAAGAGUGUCCGAUCGCUGAUGGCGUGGAUUGAAGAGCAGAAGAUCAGACACUAUAAGAUUGAAGACAGAGCUGUUCUCAGAGAUGUGGACCACAAAGACUGGGACACAGCCUUCCAUCAGUACUUGUCGGACAUCUCGUGUCCCUUCCCUUCAAGUGAACUGAAUUUAGUGUUGGAUUGGAUUAUCACAACUGCCAUCACAUUUGAAUACAGAGACAAUUUCGAAAAGUACAAGAAUUUUGGUGAAGACAAUGGCAAACAAGUGGUGACAGCGAAUCCAAUCGAUGGCCUCGACUUCGACAGCAAUGAAUUCAAAGAAGGCGUUAAGCAAUUGGCAGAAGUACUGAAAGUGCCGAUACAUGCGACCAAUCAUUUGAUUACUUUAACGGCUAUUAGUCUUGUUAUCAAAAAUCAUAUUUCAAUGGAAGAUAAAGAGAAGAGAGAGGAGAAGAGGAAUCUCAAGACCGAUAGAAAUGUACUGAAGACUGGAUUAGAUGACAAUUCUAUGCCAUUGAAAAUGCGCUCAAAUGAUAGGGUAUUAACUAAUUGUGCAAAAGUCGUGCGACUCUUAUAUGUCAACGAUUUAAGAGAAUUACAGACAAAAGUGAAUGAAAUGAUUGCAUCGAUUCAGUCGAUUACAGCUAAUCCUAAGACUGACACCUCUUUAGGCAAAGUCGGUGUUAAGUGACAAACAUUUUAUAUUACAAUUCAGUUUAUAUGAAUACAUUUAAUUGUUUGCUAAAUAUUUAUUAUAUUUAAUAUAAAAUAAACGUAUAUUUAAAUGAAUAUUAAA